AUGGCCAAUCUUCCGCGCUAUGGUCGGAGAUGGCAACGUCUUUCCUCAGUCCCCCGCCUCGCUCCGGCUGCCGCACGGUCUGUUCAAGAACCAGAGCCGGAGAUUCUGCCAUUGGCUCCAACCAUCCAAACUCUACAACUUUUUGAACCCACCCCCCCGCCAGUGGCGGCUGCGCCCCCAUCUUCCACUCCAGGAGAACCUACUCCUAGUCCUCGCAUUUCUCCCCCCGCUGCGUCGCCAAAAUAUGAAGCUACCGUCAUACCAGAGGCCAGCCCUCCGCUGAAACCCGCACGAUCACCGCCAGUGUCCCCUCCACGCAAAUCUGCUGAACCAAGGAAUUCUAUUAGCCCUAAUUCGUAUCAAGAACCUCUCAAGCCAACGACGCCAUUACUUUCCACUCUGGUUCUACCCAAAUCUUCAGAUGUGACGACGAUUCCAUCCGCUAUCAAGCCGGAGGUGGAGCAGAAAACAGGUCCGCUCAAGAAGUCGGAUCCGCAGGUAGAGUACGUAUCCGGUAUGCCGCCGCCGAGCCUACAGGCGAAGGCUAUAGACCUCGCAGGAGAUAACAUUGGCGCGGUAAUGAAAAUUAACCAAUUCUCCGUUAAGAGUUCAGGCGGAGAAGUCACGAGGAAGAUCGAAACAGAAACCGGCGUCCAACAAGAAAAUGACGAGGAGAAAAGUCGCAGAGAAACCGAAUUUCCGAUGACGCCAAUCACGAACAGCAAUUUCCAAGAAGUGAACAAUUCAGUUAUGUAUAAUUCGUCUUGCAAUAGCCGUGAUCCGGGGCUGCAUCUUGAUUUCUCCGGCAAGAAGGAUGAAGCAGCCACUGUGGAGGAAGAGAGGGGAAUCGCUUAUGAUUUCUAAAGCUUUAUAUUUAUAUGAAUUGUUAAUGCUUUGAAUUUGGGUUCCCAUUGUCGAUGAUCAAAACUUCUCCCACUUUUCGGGAUUGAUGUCUUUCAAAUAAAUUCGUAAUAAUUAUUAAUAUUUAGGGACUAAAUAAGAUUUAGGUUUAAA